GAACGAGCGCAACCACCCCUCGCUUCUACGUGGAAACCAGUUUGAAGUUAUGGUGCAAAGUAGUUUGACAGAUCUUGGUGAAAGGGCUUUCGAAUUGCAAGUUCCUGUCCGUGAUCACUUCCCUACUCAAAUAUCACUAUGUUCAGAAUUGAAAGACGCUACAAAGUUGGUGAAAUCAGCUUUGUCUCCUCAGCAACUUGCUCAGUUUCGGAAUAUGCCGUGGGUCCAUCUUCUUGAUGUGCCAGACCUUCAGUUCUUUGCGCAAAUUGUCCAUAGCUUGUUGUUGAGGCUUGUGUGCAACCAGCCCAAAGAGGAACUAUGGUUUUAAUUUAUAUAAUGUUUGUACUUUGUAGCAUAAAAUUCUUAAAAAAGAGAUAGGCAACGACAAACAUUGAAGUGGAGAUAAAUACCUGCAAAAGCUGGACUGGAAAUCUUUACAAACGGUUUUGGUUCCUUUAAAUAUAAAAAAGAAGCAUUGGGUCUUUGCGGAAGUUUUGUUUGGGAGUAGACUGGUUAGAGUUUACGACUCGCUUAUGAUUUAUAGGACUCCAUUUUAUGCUAAGGAGUUGUGUGCGCGGCUGCCUUACCUAGUUCGUGCAAUGGGUUUGUGUGCGGAUGACAGUGAUUUGCAACCAUGGAAAGCAGAAGUUGCGGAUAUUGUGCCUCAACAAAAAGAAUCGUAUGAAAUUCAAUAUUAAUGUGGCGUGAUGGUCCAAUGUUAUAUUUUCAAUGUUGUACAAUGUUAGAUACUCAAUGUUGUACAAUAAUCUUCAACAAUUGGUUGCUAUAUUUUCAGCAUGUAUGACUUUUUGCAAAUAUUACAAUCAGAGUUGACCACUUAUUUAUGUGGAUAUUUUGUCUGUA